AUGGCACCUAAGCAAGGAACCUCGGCGCAACGCACCAGCACAUCCUCACGGGGUAGUUCCGGCGCGGCCAGAGGACGUGGCAGACCGAGAGCGGCCGAGCGGGCAGAAUCAUCACCUUCCCACGGUGCUGAGGUCGAGCAAGUCGAGGACGAGCGGGAGGAAGAGAACCAGCAAAAGACCAUCCCAGCAGAACUAUUGACUCGCCUGCUUCACGAGUUCUUUGAGAGCGAGAGUACGCGAAUCACCAAGGAUGCCAACGGCGCGGUUGCCAAGUACAUGGACAUCUUUGUGAGGGAGGCCAUUGCCAGGGCGGCGGCGGAGAGAGAGGCGGGUUUCUUGGAGGUUGAGGACCUUGAGAAGGUUGCGCCGCAGCUUUUGCUUGAUCUGUGA